AUGUUAGAAAGUGCAAAAGUUAUAGGUGCUGGAUUAGCUACAAUAGGAUUAAUUGGUUCAGGGAUUGGAGUAGGGUUAGUGUUUGCAGCUUUAAUUUCAGCUACUGCAAGAAAUCCUUCAUAUAGACAAGAAUUAUUCUCAUUUGCGAUUUUAGGGUUUGCAUUAACUGAGGCUCUAGCUUUAUUCGCAUUGAUGGUUGCGUUCUUAAUUCUAUACGCUUUCUAA